GAAAUCAAUUUUUAAAAUCACUCACGUAUGUGGGAUGUACAUGUGAAUCCACCACAUGCAUGUGGACGUCACGAGGCCAAUUUAAAAAAAGCGGAUUCAAAAAUAUCGAGAUACGUGUUGACGGGUCAUAAACAUUAUACCGACUGUAUGAAUACAAGUGAUCAAAUUGCAUUAAACCAUUCAGUCAAUGCCAAUCAUCCCAGAGACAAGAAAUUUGAAGUUAGAACAGUUGAUUAAACUGUCUGAGAUCUCACUAUGGUACUCUCAUGAUAUUUCCAAAACGUCUAUCUUUCCUUUAUUUACGGAUUCCUUAUUCUUACAAGUUUGAUCUCAGUAUAUCCAGUGACCAAUACUGGUGAUUUCUUGGAAACGCGCAAUUCGAAUCAACCAAAUCAUAUAAAUAACUCAAGGAAUUCAUCUGGUUUACGCAAUCAAAGUGCUCCCAUGAAGAGUUUUUCACUUGGCUAUGAAACAUUAAUAACAACGAUGGUGGUCUCCACAAUUGGUGUCCUAACAAAUGGUCUUCUUGUUGUUCUUAUUCUUGUAGAUCCGCUUAACAUACUAAAACAAGGAAGGAGGAUUACAAUCUUAAGCUUAUGCAUAGCUGAUUUUACUGCAUCUUUGUCUCAAUUCAUGAUUGUUGGAUUGGGUAGAUUGUUUGAGGUCAAACCAUCAGAAACUGUCAUUUAUUCUGUCCUUUUCUUUUGGAUGUUUGGGGCUACGGGCUCAUUUUUUCACUUGACAUCACUCACAUGGCAAACUUACAUGAUUGCAAAGUAUCCCAAAUACAGACAACAAAUGUUAUCUACGAAGAAAAUUUACAUAUUAUGCGCCACAGUUUGGUUGUUUGCCAUUUGCAUGGCAUUUGGUGAACUCACAUCAAUUUUUGUCGAGAAAUUUGACCACGUUAUGUACACUUAUAUCACGCUAUAUGCUGUUUUGGAGAUUGCUGUUUUGAUCUUGGUUAUUGGGAAGUGUUUAAUACUUAUAAUAGUAUGGCAAAAUCGACAAAACACGACAGUAAAUGCUAAACAGCACAAUAGAAAACAUCUGGAAAUGGUAAAGACAACUAUCUUGCUUAAUAUCCUAUUACUGGUAACUGCGUUUUCUUUUUUUGUGGCCAAACAAGUGGAGUUUAUUCAAAGGCUUGGAAAAAUACAAAGUGAAUUGGCUUGGCGCUUUUCUUACUACUACGAACCAGUUGCCAUGGUGAAUUUCGCUAUCAAUCCAAUUGUGUAUGCACUGAGGCUUCCCGAUUAUCGAAACAGUCUGAAGGCGUUGUUUAAAAUGAACAGUUUUAUUUCUACUGAUACAGCACAGCAAUCGACAACCUCGUUCCGUUCUGCUGAUGAAACGAUUGCUUUGUAGAUAAUAUGCGUUGAUUAAUAUGCAUUGAUCAUAUAUAACUUGAUUACAAAUAUAUAUAAUGAUUAUUUUUUUAAUAUAGGUAAUAACAUAAACUUUAGUGGAAUUUGUAGUUAUACUUUUGUGUAAUUUUUAGUGUAAUGUUUGGAUUUGUAGCCAAUUUUGCCUGCAACAAACUAUUUUGAUAGCCACAUCAAAACAUAGUACAAUAUCGUAUCUAAUAA